GCAUCGGGACCACGCCAGACGACAUUUUACAUUGAUUUUUCAAUCGUGAAUCGUUCCAUUAUUCAUCAAUCGCCGUUUCUUGGUUCCCGCAGAUCAGCAUCUUGGCAUUUACCUUUCUCGAAGUGAUAUUCGGUUUCAUUCCUGUUUAUAGAGCUGUGCGAAUUCGGUUGUUCCAAUAGUGUUUGGACUUUGCUCAUUGGGAGGAACGAAAAAAACUCAACGGUGUUUUGGAUAAAUUUAACGGCAUCAAGUGGAUAAAAGGCGGGCAGCAUGGAGCAGUUUGAACAACUGCUGACAUGCGCGAUAUGUCUUGAUCGAUACAGAAAUCCAAAGUUACUACCAUGCCAGCACAGCUUUUGCAUGGAGCCAUGUAUGGACGGCCUGAUCGAUUAUGUCCGUCGGCAGGUCAAGUGUCCGGAAUGUCGUGCCGAGCAUCGCAUACCCUACCAGGGUGUGCAGGCAUUCCCUACGAAUGUGACACUACAGCGUUUUCUGGAGCUCCACAUAGAAAUUACAGGGGAGCUGCCGGAUCCAACGAGCGGCCAGACAAUGGAACGCUGUGGUGUCUGUUCGGAGAAAAGUUACUGUUCACUUUGUGUGCAUUGUGAUAAAAAAUGCUGUCCAGAGUGCAAAGACGCACACAUGGACAUUCUGAGACGUGAAAUUACACGCAUAAAUUCACAGGUCAGAAGAGGACUCCAUCGAUUGCAGGACGCCCUUGCCCUGGUGGAAAAGAACACUCUGGGUCUGCAAACUAAUUGUGCCUCAGUAGCAGAAGAAGUCGACGAAAUUUACCGGAGAUUGAGCAAAGCCCUCAAAGAUCGCACGGAAUAUCUGAGAAAUGAAAUCGAACGGUACUCGGGCACAGAACUCCGGGGUUUGAUUCAGCUAAAGGAGAAUUUGGAGCUGGAGAUCGCCAACAUCCAGAGCAACUGCGAUCUUGCGGAUGCGCAUAUCAAUGAGAAUGUUGCGUGGGAUGAUGCUGAACUGCUCGACACUAAAGAGCUGUUCCUCCGCACCGUCGAGUUCAUCAGGAAUUUUGAGUACGAAGCCGGUGAUUAUGGCCGCCGAGUGCGGUUCGUCAUGCCACAUGAGCCCAAUCAGUUGGUACUGCACGUCGCUGGUUACGGGGAACUCAAUAUCAAGCAUGAAACUGGCAGUAAUAGUCACUUGGGUACGGGUACUGGACUGGCACCACCGGGCAGUUCGCCGGGGUUGAUGAGGAGCAAAAGCGAUCAUCGCCUUGCUUCUCAGUAUCGUCAGCAGGAGGAGGAUCGGCUCGCCAGGAAUCGAUACGUUCCUGAUUACGAAUAUGACAACGCCCCAGACUACGAAUCGCCGAGAAACAAGUCGAGAUACAGAAGUCGCUUCAUGCGUCAUCGAGAUGGCGAAGAAUCAGAUGGAGACUCAAGGUCAACAGUCCGUUUUACCCCCGCCGCGACGGAGACAAGUCUUCGCGAGCGCGUCUUGGACACGGAGGACGCCGCGAGAGGCCCUCUAUCGGGGAUCUUCCGUCUCACUGAUUCGCCACGCGUCAUGAAGAAGUUGCAAGAGUGCGAACGGGCGGGAAAACGCAAGAAAGAAGAAGCGGCCGUUCCGCAACCGCAAGCUCCGAAACCUCAAGUACAAGCCCGAAAGCCUACGCCAAUAGUGACGAAGCAGGCCAGCGAGGAUGAUGAGAUAUCGAAAAUUAAAAAGCAGAACAAGAGCAGCGGUCUGUCCCACACCGAGUCCCCCGACGAUCGUCAGACGUCAGUUCCAACCGGGAUUAUCCACUCCUCAACACCGGAAGUUGAACACGAGGUUGAGGAGCCUCCGAGGAGAACAUCGGUCACGAGGAGAACGUCGACGGAGCCGCACACCCAAAGUACGAGGAGUGCAUCGAGUGAGUCCAGCACAGGCUCAGAAAGCUCUGGCUCAGGUAUCCGCAAUACAGGCGCACCCUUCACGACUGAGGAAAUGAAACAGAAGUAUCUGGCGCGAACGCCACCAGUGACAACCUCUCCAUCCAAUGUCAAUACUCAAACAGCAGCUAGUCGAGAGACACCGACUACUCCCACGAGUAGUCCGAGACCGUUUCAAAGUCGUUUUUUAGGCGCAGGUAAUCGCGCAGCUCCUCCACCCCCGAUUCAGAUAACCCGCGAGGAAACCCCUAAGAAAAGGGACGUCGAAGAUGACAUCGACGACGAGGAGACGAGCAGUUCCUCCGAGGAAACCGAAACUGAAACCGAGGAGUCGGAGCAAGAGACGCGGUCGAGCACAGCGAACGUAACGCCUCCGUCUCAGAAGCAGCAGAGAAGUGAGGCCGCUAUGGCGCGCACAGACAUCGGGCCACUUCUUGCCAGAAGUGCUGAGGCGAGACGCGGCAGCAAAGAGGACUCACCAUCCACCAGGUAUUCAUCACCACGUGGCAGUCCGGCGCAUUCAACAUCGUCGCCAACUGGUUUAACAACGUCGUCAUCACCCAGUGGCUACACGAGCAGAUUUCUGAAUAAAAGCAGAAGCCAAGCGGCAGUGGGAGCCCCGCGCGAACGAGAACGCGAUCGAGAACGAGAACCGGAGGCUGAGGCGGAGCCACUGUCGCCGCGCACUCGCUACGCUGCCCUCAAAGAGAGACGCCAGCGGGUGGCCCGAUCAAGGAGUUCUCACAAUUUUGCUAAUGACGAUCUCGAUCUCGAUGAAGAUCCACCGUCGCCAACGACUCAGUCGCCGAACGCUUAUCUAGCGGCCAAGUACGGCGCCGGUUCUGAACUGGCCCGCAGUCGCAGUACGCAUGCGCUAAAGUCGCGCGAGCCAAGUCCCGAUCGCGAUCGGGCCGGCGCCGAGAAAGAUGGCGCUGCGCUCAGUUCCUGGGCGCGUUAUCUCAAGAAUAAGUAUGGAAAUCGGGGUACUAAGGAUAAGGAGUCUACAUCUACUUCAUCGGUUCCUUCCUCUAGCACGAGUGCCGCAUCGCGAAGAUUGUCCCUCGGUUUACCCCUGAGACACGUCGGCCAGACCUCCUUCGAAUCCUCUGACGACGACCAAAAAAACCCGUCAGGCUCCCCCACGUCCCCUACAGCAGCUCAAGGUAUCCCCGCGGCAGCAGGUUCCUCAACUAGGAACCAGUACAUGCUGAAGCGGCGACAGCUGUUGAAAUUUGGGAUGCGGGGGAGCGGAGCCGGAUGUUUCACGUGGCCGAGAGGUCUUGCCGUAGGUCCUGACAAUUCCAUCAUCGUCGCGGACAGUUCGAAUCAUCGCGUUCAGGUUUUCGAUUCUAACGGCAAGUUUAUCAACGAAUUCGGCGCUUACGGGAGCGGGGAAGGGCAGUUCGACUGUCUGGCGGGGGUCGCGGUCAACAGGAUUGGGCAAUUCAUCAUUGCUGAUCGGUACAAUCAUCGGAUCCAGGUGUUCGACCCCUCUGGCCACUUCCUGAGGACUUUUGGGUCGCAAGGCACCGCUGAUGGGCGCUUCAAUUACCCCUGGGGCAUCACCACCGACGCCCUAGGGUUCAUCUACGUCUGCGACAAGGAGAAUCAUCGUGUGCAGGUAUUCCAAUCGGAUGGAACAUUUGUGGGUAAGUUUGGUGCCUGUGGCAGUGGCAGAGGACAACUCGAGCAUCCUCACUACAUAGCUGUGAGCAAUACGAAUCGAGUUAUUGUCAGCGACAGCAAUAAUCAUCGCAUUCAGAUAUUCGAUGUGGGGGGGAGGGUGUUGUCGGCAUUUGGGUCUGAAGGCACUGAGGACGGUCAGUUCAAGUUUCCACGGGGUGUUGCCGUUGACGAUCAAGGCUACAUCGUCGUCGCCGACUCUGGCAACAAUCGCAUUCAAAUAUUCACACCUGAGGGGGGAUUUGUCCGGGCGUUCGGCAACUGGGGCAGCGGGGACGGCGAGUUCAAGGGGCUCGAGGGAGUGGCUGUCACCUCGUCGGGGAAUAUUGUUGUGUGCGAUCGGGAAAAUCAUCGUGUUCAAAUUUUCUGAUCCUGGAAUUUCGCACUCUUCUCAGCCGGUGGCCAGCGAUUUUUCUUCUAUGAUAAUGCACUAAUUCGGGUUUUUGUUUCAAUGUACUCAUUUGAAAAAAUUGUGGCACUUUGUAUGGUAUAUCGGAUGAUGAGAAAUAAUAAAAAUACAGCGUAUAAGAUACUCCUACGACUAUCAGUUUUCGGAGCGACGUCAUGCAGGUGAAAAACACGAUUUACUGUACAACAUGGUAAGAGGAAGAAUUUGUACUGUUUGUAUGCUUUAAAUACACUGUUGCGGGAGAAUAUGAACCGA